CCCGUGACCGGCUGUAUUUACAAGUGGCCAACCUGCCGCGGGACAUCCCAGCUAUUUUAUGGGGCCAGACGACCCUCCAGAUGAAUCUAAAAUGGAGAUAACUCGUCGAUUAAAGCUGCUGUGAAAGAAAAAGACGAACCAUGUGGAGGAUUCAAGGAUAUGUUGGAAGAGUUCUUCAUCGAUGGCAUGCCAAUACUCCUCUGCGAUUGCCCCAGAACCACCAUGUGGAGGACGAGUUCAUCAACACCUCCACUGUCCUCUCCACCUCUCGACACCCCUCUGACAGCAGCUCUCAGAAAGAGGAGGAUGGAGGGAGGAGGAAGAAACAGAGGACCUUUCAGUUCGGCUACACUGAGCUCCCACAUUACACAGCGCUGGAUGCUGUAGGAUGGGGUGCAGCAGCGGCUCUGUUCAUGCAGAUCUGCAGGAGGAUCCAUUCGCAGUUGUCCUCUGGUACGGAGCCCAGUCCGACCCCUGGAGCCCUACCAGCACCCUCCAUUUUGCAGAAGUGUGGCUACCGCAUCCUGCUGCAGACCUUAUCGAGGCGAGAUGUUCUGCCCAGAGGAAGGAGUGUGUUGUGUCUGCAGGGGGUGCCAGAAACUCAGAAUCAAGAUCAGUCCUCAGCACAGAGCAGCAGCAGCAGUAGUGAUGCCAGUCCUCAAAGCAGCAGUCCGCAGGACCAGCAUACAGCUGACUUUGCCAUCUCAGACCACCAGAGAGAACUCCUGUUCCAGGAUUCACCUAUACCUGAGGAAUCGUUGCUGUCAGCGUCUUGUCCUCUGGAGAAUGACACCAGCCACGACAAUGCAGAGACAAAAGAUGCUCAUGACAAGGACAUGUUGUCAGAUGAGGAGAGGCUUGCCGAGGCAGAGCUGAACCUCAGACAUGUGGGAGACACCAGUGUUCCUGUUGUCCUAAACAUCAUCGGUCUAGAAAGUGCCAAGACUGAGAAUUACGAAGAUGCUUUCACCUGUUUUUUGGCUGCAGCUCAGCAGGGUUACUGUAAGGCCCAGUUUAACACUGGUGUGUGCUAUGAGAAGGGCAGGGGGGUCCGCAAAGACAUGGAGAAGGCUCUGUAUUACUACAAGCAGGCAGCAGUCGGGGGUCACAAAGAGGCUCAAUACCGUUAUGCAAAGCUGCUCCUGACCAGCAGGGGCCAGCAGAGUGUAGAGGACCUGAAUACGGCUAUCAGCCUGCUGGAACAGGCUUCUGCAGCUGGACUCACUAAGGCUCAAGUCUGCCUGGCCUCCAUCUACUCUCAGGAGCCGGUGAGAGACAAGCGCAAGUCUGUCCGUUACCUACAGAUGGCUGCAGAGAGCAGAGACGACACCGCUCUGCUGCUCUUGGGUCAGUGUUAUGAGAGCGGUUUUGGGGUUCAGCAGAAUCUGAGGAUGGCGAUUGAAUUCUACAAACGAGCCGCUCAAGCAGGCAACAAGCAGGCUAAGAUCUUACUGAUGCCUCCUAAUGAGACAGGCGGGAAGGCUGAAGACGCAGUGUUGCGCUCCAUCCGUUCAGCUCCAUCGUUCUCUGCAUUUGACCAUCGCUUCCAGUCGCCUCUCUCUUCAAUGGCCAAUCAUGUCCCGUCCUCCGCCAGUCACCCCAUCACCUUUACCCUCCUUACUCACUCCCAGAGCACCGGGAGCCUAUGUGUCCCUUCGGCCUCCAUGCCUCUUCACCUCCAUCCCCACAGCGCAGAGGGAGGAAACUGCCAGUGGAUGGUGGGGGUUGGAUAGUUAGUCCAAGGCAGCAAAGGCCAGACUGAGGAAUGUAUUUUAUAGAGUGAUAGUAUCGUCACCAGAGGAGAAAAGUCAAAGUGUGUAUUGUUUGAAUUAGAUUUAUUAGAUUUUAUACAUCAUGUGAAUGCAUUGCUAUAUUACUGUUAAUUUGUUGAGUUUUUCAUAAGUCUGGAAGAGCUGUUUCGCACAAAGUCAUUAAAGAUAUGGUGCCUUUUCUUGUA